CACAAGACCAAAUUGACUUCUGAAUCAUCUAGUGUAAAGAACCAUUAUAUUGGUUGAAUUGUGCUAUAAAAGGCAAGUGGAGGCUAGGAGAGCUUGCUGGUUGCAUGAUGGCUCCUGAAGGUAUAGGAGAGCUUCGAGACUUGCUCUUCUUCCUGCUCCUGUGCCUCACAGUAUUGGCUGAGCUACUGGAGAUGACUGCAGCAUCUUCGCAGGGACUAGAUGGCGAAGGUGACAUAGUGUGCCCAUCUGUGUGUCGCUGUGAUGAGGACUUUAUUUACUGCAACGACCGUGGAUUGAGCGCAAUCCCACCUCUGCCACCAUCUGCAACUGUCCUUUAUCUCCAGAACAAUCACAUUGACAAUGCAGGGCUUCCUAGGUCCUUGGAGCAUCACACCACCGUGCGUGUUAUAUAUCUCUAUGAUAACGAGCUUGAUGACUUUCCCAUGCAUUUGCCACCUUCAUUAAGAGAGCUUCACCUCCAGGACAACAACAUUCGAGUGUUGCAAAGGGCUGCACUUGCUAGAUUUCCACUCCUUGAAAAGUUGCAUCUGGACGACAACUCUGUUUCUACAGUGAGUAUUGAGGACCAGGCCUUUGCGGACAACCCUCGGUUACGUCUCCUCUUCCUCUCCAGAAACCACCUUUCCAGCAUCCCAUCUGGUCUUCCUGCCUCACUUGAAGAACUCCGUUUAGACGACAACCGAAUCUCUACUAUUCCUACGCAUGCCUUCCGGGGUUUGUCCUCUUUACGUCGCCUGGUCUUGGAUGGUAAUCUUUUAGCUAAUCAACGCAUUGCUGAUGAUACCUUCUCACGCUUGUCGAACUUAACAGAACUCUCCCUGGUCCGUAAUUCACUUCAAACACCCCCACUUAACUUGCCCAGUGCCCACCUGCAGAGACUCUCCCUUCAGGACAAUAACCUCAUACACAUGCCUCGGGGAUCACUCGAUGGAAUGCGCAGACUACAGCGCCUAGAUCUUUCUGGAAACAAUCUGACCACCCUUCCCAGAGGAUUGUUCAGGGACUUGGAGAGCCUGGGGCAGCUGCUUGUGAAAGGAAACCCAUGGCAUUGUGGGUGCAACUUGCGCUGGCUGCACGACUGGCUGGAAGCAAAGGGGAAUACAAUUACAGUUAGAGGCUUUAUCUGCCAGACACCAGAGCGUGUCCGAGACAUGGCGCUUAGAGACCUCACGAAUCAGAUGGAUGAAUGUGAGUUGGCUGCUGCUGGUGGUGGAGGAGUAGGUACAGGAGUCGGCGUUGGUGGUAACAGGGUGAGUGGAGGAGCGGCGGGAGCCAUUUCUACCACUCUUUCGCCCCCUCAAGGGUCCCUGUUUACUCUCAGGUCCAAGCGACCAGGCCUCAGUCUCCCAGAAACAGGGCUGGACUACACAUUAAGCAGCAGCGGUGUGGGCAAGAACCUGGCCCUGAAUGUGAAACCCCUUUCUCACAACAGUAUCCGUGUUACCUGGAGCAUAGCGCAAACAUCUUCUUCCUUUCGAUUAAGCUGGCUCCGCCAAGGAACCAGCUCUGCCAUGGGGUCCAUCACAGAAACCUUGGUUAGGGGUGACCGGCGGGAGUAUCUUCUCACUUCCCUGCAGCCUGCUUCCAGCUACAUCAUCUGCAUGGUGCCUCUAGUGUCUAACAGUGGAAGCAGGAGUAGUUUGCCUGGGGGCGACACAGAACCAAAUGAGGUUCCAGUUUGUGCCAGAACAGAAACGUCUGAUCCUGGCCACCCUGAUGAUGAGGGUGAAGACGACAGCUCUGAUCAAAUUACUUCGCUUCCACUUGCAGGAAUUAUUGGAGGUGCUACGGCAAUAGUUUCCCUUGCUCUAAUCAUUGCUAUUUUCUGCUGGUAUGGGCACCGUGCAGGACAUUUCACAUCACGAGACCAUUACAGCCAUGGUAGCUCUCGCAAGAGCAAACACUGUGAUGACUACAUUGAGUCAGGCACAAAGAAAGACAAUACUAUCUUAGAGAUCAGAGGUCCAGGAUUGCAGAUGACACCAAUGGCAACAAGACAGCCCCUUCAACCGAAACCAGUGAGAGAAGAUUACAUUAUACACACCAUCUUCCCCUCGAAUGGCACGGGUCUAUACACGCCAUCCCAAAACAUGACCAACUCUGGCUACAGUACCAACCGUGGCUAUAGAGAAGGAGGCAUUCCAGAUAUAGAUUACUCUUACACAUGAUAGCUUUGAUUUAGAAACCAUAAUUAGGAGUCAUGUACUGCAUAGAUACACAGAUUUUAAUCAACAUGGGCUCUGCAGAAUCCCCUUUGUGCCUUCUGGUCUCCAUUACAAUGUAGCCUGCUGUUCAUGACACUAUAAAGCUUUUAAUUGGCCCAGAUGCUUAUAGGAAGCAUUAUAAAUGUGGUGCCAGGAGGCGGUGAUGCCAUUUCAGGGGGUGAUACCAAAUGCUAUUUUCACCUCGCGGUGUAAUGAUCAGAGUCCCUGACAUUGCUCUUUUAUCUCUGGCUGGUGCACUGAGGUGGAUUCAAGGGCAGCCCACACCGCAUUCAGCUCACAGAUUGUUCAUAAAGCUCAGUGCAUAUAUGGGAGAGAGGCAGUCUUCUCACAGGAAAUAACCAACCCGCUGUACAUUUUAGUCUUUGUCUCCUAUGAGAUGAAGCUCCUGAGUCAAGGGUUUGAACCAGGAUUGACAUGAAUCCUGCAUCAAGCAAGAAAACCUCUUCGCUCAGAGGAAACUGGAAAUGUGUUGUUGCAAGUGAUCCUUCUGGGAAAUGCACAGGUUCACAUGCACAGUUUUUUUUUUUUUGGAGAUAUGAGCUGCAGAACACGAGUACUAUUCCUGAUAAAGUUGGAGUGUCUGGACCAAGCAGAGACAUGGCCCUCAAAAACUACAGCAAGGUUUGAAAUGCCUCAAAAACUAAAUUCAUUUGAAUUCUUCUACACUUGAAAACUGCCUGAUGCUACUAUGAUAACGUCCAACAAGCGUUAUGAUGACUGUUCUAGUUUCAGACUGGUGUAAAGUUGAGAGGACAAAUGAAACGUGUUUUUGUGUCUUGAGGAACUUUCGAUUUUUAAAAAUUGCAACUGAACCCUGGUGUGUUGAUAGAUACAAACAAUGCAAAUUAUUAUUUUUUGUUUUUGUUUGCUCUUUUUAAACUUGUUUCACUUUAAUUUUGAAGUCAUAUAGCCCUGCUGAUAGUUAUAUUAUAAUUUUCAAACAAGGGUAUCACUAAUGUAAAAGAACCUUUUCCUACAAAAACACAAAACUUGCUUGUUUCAAUAGAUUGUCCCCUAUAAUGCACAGAGACUAAACCAGUGUUCUGUUAAGGUGGCUCAUUCUUUGUAGGUUACUUAGCCACAUACUUAGCACAAAAUUAAAUUCUAUAAAUCACUGACGUACAUUUCCAAAUGUCACUGUAGAUAAAGAUAUGGCCUUGCUGCUAACCACAGCGGUUGUUCUGCUACGAUUCUUAGGGAGAAGAUGGAGGUUAUUCGAGGGAAACCAGGAAUUUGAACCAUAACACUGUGGACCAUCACUGUGGGAGAUAGAGAGUGCAUCAGUAUGUUGUAUAAUUUUGUAAGGCGGAGGCAUUUUUGAUUAAUUAAAAAAAUUCACUUUUUUUCCUCGUGUAGAAAUUAAGCAUUUUGUCAGUGUCUUCAACCUAUUCAUUUAAGCCAACAGCAGAACAGAACACUAAUUAAGGAAAACUUAUCAGACCAUUUAUGUAAUGGUUCUAAAGUAGACAGAGAGAAAAGUUAUGUGUGGGUUUUUUUUACGAAAGAGCCUCCAUGACAUUUCUGUUCUGCUCUGCUGUAUUCAUGUAGUUGAGGACUUCAGGAGAAUUUAAAAACAGGAAAGGAAAGAUGGGUAGAUAGAGAAAGAGAGAGAGAUAGAAGUAGAAUGUUCUAAACUGAGAAAGAGCAAGAGAUUAUAUACAUAAA